AUGUUCCCUCUCUUCCUCCCAGACCCGUCCAGGCUGCGGAACAUGCACUGUUUCCCCAAGAGUUCCUCAUCCAUCUCCUGUUCCUGGACCUUCCCUGACUCCCAGUGGGACUCCUAUACUGUGGAGGUAAUGUAACGUCCCUCACAAACACACACACACACACACGCACACACGCACACGCACACACACACACACACACACACACACACACACACACACACCACACACACACACACGCACACACGCACACACGCACACACACACACAAACACACACGCACACACACACACACAUUCUCUUCAUGUCUUAUCUUAUCUUCUUAUUAUAACAAUUGAGGUCAGGGUGUCUGAUACCGUUUCUCCAACUUUACUGAAGGCAGUAGAAUAGCCCGUACUGAAGAGCUCAGUGACUUUCAACGUGGCACCGUCAUAGGAUGCCACCUUUCCAACAAGUCAGUUCGUCACAUUUCCACUUAUUGUUAAGUGGAAAAGUCUAGGAGCAACAACAGCUCAGCCACGAAGUGGUAGGCUGCACAAGCUCACAGGACGGGACCGCCGAGAGCUGAAGCUCGUCUGUCCUCGGUUGCAAAACUCACUACCGAGUUCCAAACUGCAUCUGGAUGCAACGUCAGCACAAUAACUUUUAGUUGGGAGCUUCGUGAAAUGGAUUUCCAUGGCCGAGCAGCCGCACACAAGCCUAAGAACACCAUGCGCAAUGCCAAGCGUCGGCUGGAGUGGUGUAAAGCUCGCCGCCGUAGGACUCUGGAGCAGGGAAAUGUAUUCUCUGGAGUGAUGAAUUAGACUCUGUGCUUCCAACUUUGUGACAACAGUUUGGGGAAGGGACUUUCCUUUUUCAGCAUGACAAUGCCCCUGUGCACAAAGCGAGGUCCAUACAGAAAUGGUUUGUCGAGAUCGGUGUGGAAGAACUUAACUGGCCUGCACAGAGCCCUGACCUCAACCCCAUCGAACACCUUUGGGAUGAAUUGGAAUGCUGACUGCGAGCAAGGCCUAAUCGCCCAACAUCAGUGCCCGACCUCACUAAUCCUCUUGUGGCUGAAUGGAAUCAAGUCCCCUCAGCAAUGUUCCAACAUCUACUGGAAAGCCUUCCCAGAAGAGUGGAGGCUGUCAUAGCAGCAAACUCCAUAUUAAGUUAAUGUUUAACAAGCAGUCCAUUGCUCAACUAGUUCUGGAGUAAAACAUGGAAUAAACUACAGUAAUCAGUUCUCAGUAUGUUGAAAACAUGGAGUGGACUUUAGUAAUCAGUUCUCAGUAUGUUGAAAACAUGGAGUGGACAACAGUAAUUAGUUCUCAGUAUGUUGAAAAAAUGGAGUGGACAACAGUAAUCAGUUCUCAGUAUGUUGAAAACAUGGAGUGGACUUCAGUAAUCAGUUCUCAGUAUGUUGAAAACAUGGAAUGGGCUAUGGUAAUCCAUUCUCAGUAUGUUGAAAACAUGGAGUGGAUUCUAGUAAUCAGUUCUCAGUAUGUUGAAAACAUGGAAUGGACUUAAGUAAUCAGUUCUCAGUAUGUUGAAAACAUGGAGUGGAUUUACAGUAAUCAGUUCUCAGUAUGUUGAAAACAUGGAGUGGACUUACAGUAAUGUCCACUACCCUUCAGGUGCGUCAACAGGACAGCUGGGAGCUGGUGUAUGCCCUACGUCUGGCCCGGGACAGUACCUUACUCAACCUGGAGAACCUUCAGCCUCACAGGAGAUACAGCGUGGCUGUCAGAGUGGCCUCCGCUGGACUCAGCAGCCCUGCCGUGGAGGAGAACGUGGUCACCAUGAUCGACCGUGAGUAA